GUGGCUACUUAAACCUCUAAAGUUUAUUGACAACAAGGGCCCUAAUUAGUCACCUUACGGUUCAGUACCCCCUGGGAUGAAAAGAACCUGUAGUACGGCUGGGUUAAUACUUUGCCCAGAACAAUUGAUGUCUUGGGCGGGGCCUUUUGAAUGAAUCACCGAUCUUAGCUUACAGUUGUGGGUCAAAGGUUGAGCGACAUUUUGCUUCAAAUUUGCUUCCCCGUGGGGCCGGUGGUUGUAGUCUGCGCUAUUACUCAACUAGGGAAACAUUCCCCUUUUCGAAUUGAUUUUCUCUAACGUCGGAGAGAUCUUAAACAACUCCUUCUCGCGGGCAGCGCGAGACAGUCGCAUCGCUAUUCACCACAUGCGACCUUCACCUUGGAUGGCAUGUACUCUGCUCUAGUGUGACGUCAAAAUUUCCCCUCCUUCCUCCGAGGCGAGACACACACUUCACCGGCGGAAGAAACAAAAUACAACAGAGACCCCAAAACUGGAUAUCCUCGAACGAUGGACAGAAAUUAAGGAUAUUUAAUUGGUGGUGAAUCAUUCUUAUGUAUGCCUGGUGUUAUUGAUAUGGCAUCAGUUCCGACAUGGCCACAGUCGAGUCUGUCAGCGACCGGAUCAGAAGACAUUGACAGGUUUCGCUCAACAUGGAGACGGGAGGGUGAGGAACGAAACAGGGUAACUGGUGACUCUAUAAUCGUGAAUGGGAUCCGAUCUGGAAGUGACAGAUGUGUAGACGAACAGGAUAUUAACAGUUCAACCAUGGCGGGGAAAAAUAAGGUAGGACAUCUGAAUGACUCUGAUCAUAUUGUGUCAGUUCACAACAAUCCUUUUUUCAAAACUUAUGGGAUUCGAACCCAGCGACCCGAGAGUCGUGUUGACGAUCCAAGUGUGCACGAGGGAUCUGGAACUCUUAGAUCAGCAAAUAUCAAAGAAAAUGAUGGUGUAUUUGAAGAAGAUGAACCCCACGUAUACAAACCGGGAUCAGGGUUUGUACACAAACUUAUGGGCAAGUUCUCCUCACUCUCCACCAGGGAAGACUACAGUUACAGACCGAAGAGGACUUCAAGUUUGGAAAACCUUUUGGACGGACAUCACAAACAUGAUGUACAUAAUAAGGAAGAUGUUCCCAGACGGGUCCAGGAAGGGUUGUCUAGCUUCAGUAAGAGUGUUGAAAACGUUAACCACAUGAGUAAGCCUCUUCGACCUCUUAGGGUACCUACUUAUCGCUCUAUAUCGGAGUCGAGUGAUAAAAAAUCUAAAGUGAAAUCUCCCAGAGAGUCAACGGAUGCACCUUUCUUAGGCCGAGAUGACAUUAUUAUUAUUGAAAAAGAACAUUCGGACAAACAAGACCAAAAAAUAUCUCAGGCAUUGGAUAGUCCAGGAAAAUUCACUGGACCCCAGGUGAUAAGUUUGAAGGAUGACACUAACAAUUUUGAUGAGCUUCCAAAACCCAAUACUGUUCUCAGUGUGCGCAGCAUGUUUGAAAAGCCGACUCCCGCCCCUCCCCUGCCAGUGUACACAACAGCUACAGGGCCUGUUGUUGUUUCUCCAACAAAUAAUUUGAAAAGCCCGCCUUUCUCUUCACACAAGAUUGUUAGCAAAGUUUCACCAUCUGUAUCUACAGAGUCUACACAGAGUAAUGUUUCCAAGACAACAACAGAGGCAGCAACUGGGCCAUCACAGAAGCGCAAGGCUCCGCAACCACCUGUUGGAGUAUUGUUAGAUCAGAAGAGUGGUUUGCCAACUCCAAGACCUCGGUCAAGACAGAGUCCUGUUAUUGCUGUGGCCCCAUUUGUUAAUGAUGCAAAUUUGGUCAAACAAGAAAGUGAGGUUAUCAAAAGUGGAAAUAAUGGGAACGUUGAGUCAGGCGGCAUUUGGCCUGAAGAAUCGGUGUCUAAGGUCUUUGAUUCCUCAGCUGUUAUAAAACCACCAAUAGCUCCUGUGCGGUCAUCUAAAACUAAACAGUAUUCUGCUUCAACCAUAAAAGAGACCACUCAAACCACAGAAAAACACACCGCAAACUCAACUACAAAAUCCGACACAGAUUUCAAGAUGGAAAAAGAGAAACCAUCAAAGGCUGAUACUAAAACUAACAUCAAUGGAACCAGCUCAAAUGGUGGGCUUUCUAGAUCAACGGCAGAACCAGUCUACCCACAAGAACCAAGCUCAAGAAUUCAAACAAGUGUUAGUUAUGAAAACAGUUCGAAAUUUGAUAAUAUAUUUCCAAGUGAAAAAUCCAUUAGUGACUUGGAUACCCAUUUGGAUUUACAUUCACAAGAUCAAACUCCUGUGGAAUGUCUACCUGAGGGAUCUGGACCUAUGAAGGGAAUCCCACGCUUUAUAUCAGAUCGGUUAAAGAAAGACGGGAACCAAACAGGACAUCAUCAAGCAUCGGUCGUAAAUAAUUCUUCUAGUCAAGAGGAAAAUAGUAUACGAUCAUCAACGUCUCAAUCAGAGGCAGAUCCCCCUGUAGCAAGAAAACGCAAGAACAAUACUCCAAUAGAAGAACCCCCAGAACCGCGAGAUAAUGCUAAUCUUUUGAAUUUUAGAAAAAAUCUAAAAUCUGUUUCGGAAUCUAAAAAACCAGUGUCUCAGGUUUUUGAUACAAGUCAAAUUGUCCGGACACCUGUAAACCACAUUCCAAAACUGGAUCUAUCUAGUAUUACAGACGAUCAGCGCAAUGGCUUUCACCCACAGGAGGGAUACAAACCCACGGAUAUUAAACCGUGUAAGAUCAUCUUCAUUGGUGCCAACGUUAAGACGGGUCGUUCGCUACUGGACAAGAAGAAACUGUCAAAGGGUAAGAUCACCUUCAAUGACAACAACAACCAAAUGUUCGAGUACCCAACGGAGGAGGCGUUGCUGGCCGACUACCUGGUACUGCAUCCUGACGAGCCGUCAGAAAUACUCAUCCUGGAAGAUGUGGGGUCCUCCAUGACAGAGUCCUCCGAUGACGACGCCCACCCUCAGACUCCCCGAGGAGGGGCAAGAGAAGGAGGGGACGACACACUCAAGUCCAACACAUCUAUAACACACUCAGGCGGCUUGUCCAGUUAUAAAACCAAGUACAGUAUGGAUUUUGAAUUUGGGGCGUCUAUGAACGAACCAGAGCCCCAAGCAGUGGUGGAACAAGUUGUCGAGGAAGACCUGAACAGCCAGGCCGUACCCGCAGACGAGGAUACCACAUGGUCCACGGAAACCACCUCUGACCUCUUGUUCUAGGAACAUUGUCAAGUGCAUGGAUAUACGCAACAAGAGAACAUUUUGUACAAUCAUGUAUGUACAAGUUUACCAGGAAUAUUUUCCUGGCGGCCAAAGGUGCAGUGGUUAUUGACUAAAGGGAGACAACUCUGUUCUUGUGUGUUGGGUAUCCCCUAGAUAGUGGGUAUAGAAGCAUGAUAUUGUAAUAUACAUUUAUGUGUGUUUUUGCAUUAUUUACAGUUAUGGGUGUAUUAGAUCCAUCUUGUGGUUCUCGACAAGAUGAGGUAAUUCUUCUGGACUCGCCCAGUAUCUUCAUCGUCUCGGACGUUGUCUUUGUGUAUGUAUAUUCGAUGGAACUACUUUUCUAUGUGUGCCAAGAACGCCAUAGUUAUGUAUUCAUACACAGUGGAUUUUUAUCUUUUGAACAUAAAAAUUACAAGCUUAAUUGAUGGAGAUGUGUGAUAGAAUAGUUUGUGUGGUAAAUGAGAGAAACUUACGGAGGUCUUUGUCAGACUUACAUGCAAAGGAGAGGUUCAAGGAAACUGAUUAUUUUAACACAUAUUCUUGAACCAAUCAGCGUUGAAGUGUUUUUAUUUUUAAUGAAGAUUUAUAAUUGAGUCUUUGUUGAUAUCAUAUAAGAAAUGGAGAUUUUUACACUUCUUAAAUCUGAAAAGGUACAAAAAUUUGGUUCUCAGGCAGAUUAUAUUAUAAGUUUACAUGAGCUGGUGGAACCAGAAACAGACACAGCUUUCCUGGAGACGCUCGUAACCAUGGUAACUGUUGUUGGAUAAUAUUAUAACUAGGAGCUCUGAACUCAGUGAUGAUAUAUUUUAUGAAUUAAACUAUAUCAUGAGAAUAUAGUAUAUAUCAUCAGAACAUCGUAUUAUGGUCAAAUCAGAACUUACAUGUUUGAAUGUUUUCAAGUGUCCUCCAUUAAAAUGGAGAUUUCCUUCCUUUCAGAAGUUAUUGUCAUUUUUACAUCAUAAUGAAAUAUUCAGAAGCCUGAGACGCCCUGGGGGCAUACUUUUCUUAUUGAUGACGAUUAUUGAUAAUGACCCGUCUCAUCAUAGUGUUAUCAUGUGAUUUAUCUAAAUACACAGGGACUCAGCUCUCAGAAGAUGAAGUAUUUCGACAUUUUAUUAAAAAAGAAGAGAAUUUUACUUGAAAUGCUCUCAUCUCCUAGCUCUCACCAUUUCAUUCCAUCGUUUACAAGCAACUGAUACUUUGUCUGUCUCACUCGAUCUGUGUAUGCACAAACAUCUACAGGAAGUCAUGAUUAGGAAUUUAACGUGUGAUGAACUCUGGAUGAAAUACUCAAAUGGGUUAAAUACGUCCAAAAACGGGCUACAGACAGCCCACAUGUGUUGAAGGGAGAUAACUCUGUUAUGUGCAAGCUGAGGAUGUUUCUUUAAAUAGUUUCUGUUCCUACUUGUGUUCUGGGGAUACGAAGUGUUCUAUGCUACCACAGAAGCCAAUCUCCAUGUGAUGUUGAAUCUAGAACAGUUUGGUGGGAAAUGUCAUUGUGUGGUUGUUUGUCCCUUAUUUCAUUCGCUUUAUACGUAUCUCGAUUUAAGGAAAGAUGGCCACCAUCUCAAUGACCACAUGGAACGUAUACUACUCCAAAGACAGAUUAACUAUUCAGGUUAUAGUCAUAUGAAAAAAUCAGGUGUUCUUUAACUUUUUUGGAGUAGUGUAUUUGAAGGUUCAUGGCAAACAUAAAUUACUUUGACCAGGGGCAGAUAUCUCCUUUUGAUUUAUGAUGAUGAGAUGUGUAUAGAUAUCAAGCAUUGUCAUUAAGUCAGGGAUGCUCUUGCGGUCAGCUGUAGUUCUCAGGAAAAUAUCUUCUUGUCUGUUCCGACUCUCUACUCAGAAAGAUAAUAACAGCAUGCAACAGACACUGAACUUUUGUAGAGCUCGUUUUUAGGAGCCAUCAGGAUUUGGGAGGAUACAUACCUGUUAAAGAUAUCUUCAUAUUUGCAUAUAGUAUUUUUUGGAUAAUAACCAUAUUUUAAUAUAUUUGGACCAAUUUUGUACUCAGCAAAACAGUGGAGACCAAACCAUCAUUUCAACAUGUUGUCUGUUUCUUUGUGUUACAUCAUCACAAACAUCAACCAGUUGGUCCAAGGGAGGUAAGCCAGUUUCAUGUCGACUGUUUCCCAUAUACUGGAACAAUUGUAUAUUCUCAUUGUCAGUUAUAUGUAAAACUUAUGUCAGUUGAAAUGUGUUCAAAGAACAUUAAGAAUACUUUUUUUUACAAUUUGUUCAAUUAUUUACAAUUAUUCCUAAGCUUUAUCACAUUCAUUCCUCUUCAAGCUUUUCAUCUCUGCAUUCCUUUUUGCUAAAAUUAAAAGUUCAUCUUUCAACUACACAUUGCCAAGAGGGAUAAUUUGUUAUGCUUCAUACUUUUCAUAUUUUUGUAAUUCUUCAUACAGAUCUGUCUGUGUUUACUGAAGUUGGUGCAUUGUUACUGAAACAAGUUAAUAUUGUUUUGCAGAUAAAUAUUUUGUGUAUUUUUGUAUGAGUUCUGCAAGAUAACUUUCAUGUUUAAACAAAAAAUCCUCAAAUUGGAACUUUUUAAGAGACAUUAAAUGUAUCAUUUUUAUUGAGUAUAAAUAAGAUUAUUACAUCUUAAUGUUAAUAAUAAAAUUAAUUAAUUGUUGUGUUUCUUAUUUAUGGACCAUAAAACAUAGACCUUUUUUGGUAGAUAAUUAGUAUAUUUUUGAAUAUGUUAAUCCAUCUUCAGAUAUAGAUUUCUUUCAUCUCUGAUUUGAGGAUUUUGACACAGUGAAAGUAUGUAUCAGUACAAGAUGUCAACUAUCUCAAACACAAGUGAUUCAUGAUAUAAACAAUAAUACAGACAAGAAGAACAUUGGCAAAGUACAUCAUAGAACAGGUAUAAUAGAUACUUCAUAAAGUAUACCAUGAAAUAUUCUAACUAUUUCACCAAUUAUAUACCUUUUUAUUUCAUGCUUCUGAAGUUGAAUAAGUUGCAUUCUUUUAUCAAGUGGCAAGUUAUGCUUCAUAGCAUUUUUUAACCAAUAUGAUUUCUGAAGUAAUUAACAUUCCAUCUUUACCUGACACUUUUACUAUUCCUCUGAAAUAAGCUCACACUAUGUUUCAUAUUCACUAUAUAUUUUAUUUUGUGCCAGUGAGAUUUCUGUAAAAAAUACACUUUUUAUGAUGUAUCCAUUUAUAAAACCUAAAAUGUGAUGUGGAACGACUUUAUUUUGUUCCUUUGUAGAAUAAAUCAAGGGAGGUAACUCUGUAAAAUGCAUCUUAGGAUACCACAACAAAAUGUCCUUCCUGUGACUUGUAUAUAUGUAGAUCUAUGCAUGUUUGUACUAUAACUAUGUAAACACUGUACAUAAGUAACACUGCAUCUGCUGAAAGUGCAAAGCUUAUGUUUUUAUUGUUAUGUACAAAAUGAAAAAUGUUUUACGUUAAUUUGAUAAAUUAGUAUUCAAUGACAUUGGUGUUUUUAUUAGCAUGGUAGAGUUUUGAAGAAUUCCAUAAAAAUAUGUAGGUAUUACCAUAUAAUUCUAGAAUGUAUGGAUAUUUUACUAGUGAGAGUAGCUGGCCUACUGUCCAUGUGUGUAAUUGAUUUGUCUUGAUUUGAGUGGUCUGCACAAUAGUGCAACAUGGAUUAUCUCCCUUUACAAAUAGUCUCAUUGCCGCUUGGCAAGCUCCUAUACUAUUAGCUGCCACCAGUCAGAGCUCCCCGCUGUGAUAGGUGACCACGACCAUGCUUUGAGUUGAACUCUCAACCAAUUCACGUUUAUGUUUACAAACAUGCGAUUACUGUCGUGAAUGCUCUUACCCCAGCUAAAAAAUUAUUUUGUUUGUUUUUCAAUUUGAAUUUCUAUUUCAUUUCAACUAUCAUGUAAUUGGUCUAGUAAGAAUGUAAGGGGGAAUCUAGCUGCAUUUCGUUAAUGUGUAAUCUCAAACCAAUUGGAUCAUUCAAAGAAAACAUAAAUUCAUCUGGGAAUUGGUAAGUCAGUAAACCUUUUCAAAAUUCACUAUCAUGGAAUUCCCAGUGCCAUACACAAGAAAACAACUGUGACUAUGUUUGGGGUUAGAGGGCACAUUUCAAGAUUCUUAUAAUGGCUGCUAUUCUCACUGGUGGCAACAGUGAUCCCGGGAGGGUAACGAAGGUGUCCCAUGCUGGGAAGGAGCUUGCCACAUCAGAUGGUAUAUUCCAUCUCUACACAGAUCACAGACUCUGGGCUGUUUAUGACCUCAGAAACAUGAUAAUUAAUUAAAUCUUUUGUAGAAAUUAAGUUUUCGAAAAAGUCUUUUACUGGUUAAAUAAUUUACACAUGCUACUAUGACAAAUAAGACAUGUUGGGUAUGGAUAACAGCAGAGACCUAUAUCGAUAUGGGCACAUCCAUAUGUAAUACAGAUGUGUGCAGCCCCUUUACAAAGGGCAGAUAUCAUAACCUGACAGUCGCAAGAAUAACCGGAAUGGUUGGCCACCCAUAUUCUGUUGAUCAGCCUGAUGUCUGUGUAGAGAUGAGUCUCGUACCCUCGGAAAUACUUACACGGAUGUUUUAGUAGUUUGGUGAUUGGAUUUUUUUGUUCUUCUAUAAAAGAUAAGACAAUGCUGAUGAACUGAUGAUACACGGUGGGUCAGUGUUGGAAAAUAAGGGGGAUCCUGGGGGCCACAGAGUUUGCUGCUGUAUUAUUUGAAUCCAGGGACCCCUGAGUCUUCAGAUUUUAACAUAAGGGUUUUGAUAAGGACAGCUAGACUUUCAUGCUUAAUUUCCAGCACGUUGUGUGAAACAUAUUCCUUUGGUGUAUAUGGAAAAAAAUGAUUCAGUACUUCCAGUCCAAGAGCUACGUAAAAAUAGAAAAGCAAAAACUGAUCCCGAGAAAUGUAAUGUCUGAACAACACAGCAGCAUGACAACCAGUAACUUCUGUUGUAAUGUCUGAACAACACAGCAGCAUGACAACCAGUAACUUCUGUUGUAAUGUCUGAACAACACAGCAGCAUGACAACCAGUAACUUCUGUUGUAAUGUCUGAACAACACAGCAGCAUGACAACCAGUAACUUCUGUUGUAAUGUCUGAACAACACAGCAGCAUGACAACCAGUGACUUCUGUUGUAGCUGAUGUUUGUGUUGCAUUUUCUGGAGUGACUUUAGGUGAUAAUAUUUCCAGCUCUGUCUUGACGGUAGUGGAUGUUGUGUGUGACUGCCGCCACUGCCGCUGUGGGUCUGCACUGUGGGUCUGCACCUGUAUAAUCAUUCAUCAACACCUUGUUCAUUCAGGAAAAUAACAUCCAGGAAUAUCUGCAAUAUAAGUAAUGAAUGUUAACCAAAAGAUUUUACAUUUUUGGAUCAUACCUUCCUUCUCAAAAUCUUGCAAAAAGUGGCAUACUUUGGUGCUUCAAUGUUUGUUGAAACACUUCCUCCUCUGUCUAGUCUAUCAUGAAACAAACCAUUCGGAGCAACUUCACUUCACACAGAUUAGUCUCUGAAACAUGGGGAGAUAACUCUAAUGACACCAAUUGUUAUGACUACUGAUUUACAUACUGCAUGCUGCUCUCAAGCCCAGACUUCCCAGCUCAACUUCAAAUAUAUCCUCACCAAAUACUUUACAGGUUUGAGUCUGAGGGAUCAGUUUAUUUAGGUUGUGUCCUGCAGCCUUCCUCACCUAUGUGUUUGUGUAUCUUUUAGUUUUAUUACAAGUUUGCAGUGGACUCAAAUCUGAACAACCCCAAACCUGACUAUGCGAACCGAAGACGUUUCCAGUCCAAGCAGUCCAGUUUCCAAUGUAAACUGAUAUAUUCUUCCAUAUACAACUACAAAUUCAUGACUCAAGAUGGGGGUGUACACAAGAGGCUUGCUCUUUCGUAGAUUUAGCCCAUUUCUGGUGCCCCCCGCCGUGAUAUUGCUGGAAUAUUGCUAAAAGCGGCGUAAAACCAGACUCACUCUUUCGUAGAAUCAGGAAGUCAUUAUCUGACAUUACCUCUUCUCUCAGGUUUCAAGCCAAGGGUGUUCGGCAAACAGAUUCAUAAAAACGUUAACUUCAAACUCAAGUUAUGAAAUUGUUUGUCAACAAAAUGUCACUUAUGAUUUAUUCAUCUUUGAAUCUAAUUAAUGGCAAUAAUGGGUUCCUUAAUGAUGAAAAUAAAAAUCUAAAUGAUAUUUGAUUGGCAGCUGGAGAAAACAUUUGAUUGAUUGCAUAGUUUUUUAAAGGUAUUCAGCGUUAUUGGUUCAUGGGUAUUAUCUUAUAACAUUAAUUAAUAUAGUCUGUUAUUGCUUUAAGGUAUGAUUUAAUGAUACGAGGAUGCUUGUCAUCGUAUCCCAAAUGCGUAGAUAUGAGUUAACGUAAACGUGUUGCUCAGUUGAAAUAGCUUUUUUAACAUAUCGCAGUUUCGAUGGGAGCUGUCCCCCAUUUCAAGCUGCCGAAUGUGGAGGACAUGAAUAUUUUAGCGGCUGUUUAUUUUUUUUUAAAUGUCAUUGGGCUGCCUUGGAGUGGAUAGGGGGUUUAUAUUUCAUAGGUGAGUAGUUCAUCGACUGAGUGGAUGUGUGGCCUAUUAUAUGCAGAUUUGUUGUACACCUAGCUCAUCAUUAAUAUAUUUUACUUUGACAAAACCAUACAAAUAUUUCACCAAGACAACUAAACAUUGUCAGCAUAAUUGUCACCUGAGAUUUGUCCCCAUAUCACCAAUGUCUAUACUCACCCAUAGUGUCCGUGUAACCAUGGUAACUGAAUGUAGUUUGAAAGCAUAUUACUAGAAAAUCUAUUGAUAUACCCAUCAAUGAAUAAUGCAUUGUAUCGUGAAAUGUCCGUUACAUUUUUCAAUGACUUGAAGUUUGGGAAAAUGGAGAAAAGUUCUUAAAGAUGACAUACAACUCAUCCUUUCAGGAGGAUAUAAGUCCAUUAGUCUCUUAAAUUAAUGAUGCUUUCAUUUGGAAGCAGUUGGCGGUGGAGUAUCCCCCUCAAAAGUUAAGGCGUAUCAAUAUCUUAUUCAGGUGUAUGAAUCUGUUUAUAACCUUCAGAUUUCAGGAAAAUGAUUUUGAAGUUAUGAUGUCAUAUCACAUUAUUCGUCUUCAGAUUUCUUGUUCGAUGACAUUUUAAUAUUUGACCGAAAUGUUGAAACUUCUCCUUUUCCCAAACAUUGUCUGACCUAUGCCAGAAACAUGUCCGUCGGGGAGAUACGACUUGAUAUUCCCAGGUACCGAUAUAGUGCUGGUGUCCCCCCUGUAUAUAGAGGCUUGACAGCAUACCUGGUCGUCAUACCAAUCAUGCAUUCCUUCUUUGUAUGUAUUCUUAUUUGAUGCAAAUGCAAAUAAAUAUUAGCAACAUG